AUGAGAACCUUUAACUCAGCUCAAGCCCUAAUCUUGGCAACAACCAUUUUCCUAGUUUUUAUUGUUUCCCUAAGAGCCCAAGACAGUCCCCAAGACUUCGUGGCAGCUCACAACCGAGCACGAUCCGAGGUUGGGGUAGGUCCCUUAAGGUGGGACGAAAAGGUGGCUACCUAUGCUCGCAACUACGCGAACCAGCGUAAAGGUGACUGCGCCUUGCAACACUCGAGCGGUCCCUAUGGCGAGAACCUCGCUUGGAGCAGCGGUAGCAUGUCAGGAGUUGCAGCGGUGAAGAUGUGGGUGAACGAGCAAGUUGACUACGAUUAUGAUACUAACACAUGUGGUUGGAACAAAGUGUGUGGCCACUAUACUCAAGUCGUGUGGAGAAACACGGUGAAGGUGGGUUGUGCAAAAGUGAGAUGUAACAAUGGUCAAACCUUUAUUACUUGCAACUAUGAUCCUCCGGGUAACUGGGUUGGCGAGUGGCCUUACUAA